GGGCCCCGGGUCGCUCCGGCAACAUGGCGGAGGCUGAGGGGGAGAGCCUGGAGUCGUGGCUGAAUAAAGCCACCAACCCAUCCAACAGACAAGAAGACUGGGAAUACAUCAUCGGAUUCUGUGAUCAAAUCAACAAGGAACUUGAAGGGCCGCAGAUAGCUGUGAGACUCCUGGCUCAUAAAAUCCAGUCACCACAGGAAUGGGAGGCAGUCCAAGCCCUGACAGUGCUGGAAGCUUGUAUGAAGAAUUGUGGGAGAAGAUUUCAUAAUGAAGUUGGAAAAUUUCGCUUUUUAAACGAGUUAAUAAAAGUUGUGUCUCCAAAGUACCUGGGAGACCGAGUCUCAGAGAAGGUGAAGUCCAAAGUCAUUGAAUUGCUGUAUAGCUGGACUGUGGCAUUGCCAGAGGAAUCCAAAAUCAAGGAUGCCUACUACAUGCUGAAGAGACAAGGGAUUGUGAUGUUUGACCCCGUGAUUCCUGCAGACAGAACACUGAUCCCUUCUCCACCACCUCGUCCCAAGAACCCAGUGUUUGAUGAUGAGGAGAAAUCCAAGCUUCUAGCCAAGCUGCUGAAAAGCAAAAACCCAGAUGAUUUACAAGAGGCUAAUAAACUUAUAAAAUCUAUGGUAAAAGAGGAUGAGGCUCGGAUCCAGAAGGUGACAAAGCGCAUGCACACGCUGGAGGAGGUGAACAACAAUGUGAAGCUGCUGAAUGAGAUGCUGGUUCAUUACAGCAAAGAGGACUCAUCAGAGGCUGACAGGGAGCUCAUGAAGGAGCUCUACGAAAGGUGUGAAACCAAAAGACGGACACUGUUCAAGCUGGCCAGUGAGACAGAGGAUAAUGACAGCAGUUUGGGAGAUAUUCUGCAGGCCAGUGACAAUUUAUCACGUGUGAUAAAUUCCUAUAAAAAAAUAAUAGAGGGGCAAGUGAUCAAUGGUGAAGUGGAUCUCCCUGGGAUGUCUGUAGUGGAAGGGAGUAACUCCACCAAUAAUCUCAACACCCUCAUUGACCUUGCUGGACUGGAUGUCACUAGCACCCCUCCACCUGUGAUGCCACCCAGCAGCCUGACAGCAGCGCCCAGCACAGCCCCUGGCCCAGCUGAGAUCCCCAUCCUCCCUCCUCCUCCCCAGACGUUCGUGCCGCUGCGCAGCAGCUCCUCCAGCCACGUGGAAACAGCACCUGCCCAGCAGGGCACAACCAACUCCCUGUCCUUGCUGGAUGAGGAGCUCCUGUGCUUGGGCCUGAAUGAUCCAGCUCCUGCAGCAGGGAAGGAGACCUCGGAAAACAACCAGUGGAGCAUGUUUGAGAAUGAGCAGUUGGACCUGGAUUUCUUUAAUCCGAAGAUGGUGACUGUUGCUUGCAACCCUGCAGGAAAUCCUCUUCUCCAUCACACAUCACAGACCACUUGUGGGACAUCAGCCACGCUGCCUUCUGCUUUCCCAGCCUCCCAGACUGCUCCCAACAUCCCAGCACCAAACUCAGCACCAUUUGUAUUUCCUGCUGUACCAGCUGCUCCUGCAGGGCCUCCUAAGACUAUUCCAGCUUCUCCUGGCUACUUCAGCUCGUCUGUGGGGAGCAACAUGUCACAUAAGAUGGAUGCAUUGGGACAACUCCUCGAAGAAGCCAAAGGGACUGGCACCCAAGGCAUGGUGACACCUUCAGUGUUCCCUGGGGUUACGUUGCCAAGCACUGUCACCCCUGGCCCAUUAGCAGCACCUGCAGGGCUGCCAGCCACUACCUCUGGAGCCCCUCCAGCUCCCUUCCCGAGCAGCUCCACUGCUGGAUCAGGAAGUCCUCUCUUCCAGCCAGCAUCAUUCCAGCAGCAAGGCAGUCCCAUGAAAGCACCUGAAAUUUCUUUGGCCAAUGUCCACGUUCCCUUGGAAUCCAUUAAACCCAGCAGUGCCCUGCCCGUGACAGCCUAUGACAAGAACGGCUUCCGGAUCCUGCUGCACUUUGCCAGGGAGUGCCCGCCGGGACGCUCGGAUGUGCUGGUUGUGGUGGUCUCCAUGCUGAACACAGCGCCCCUGCCCGUGAGGAACAUCGUGCUGCAGGCAGCCGUGCCCAAGUCCAUGAAAGUGAAGCUACAGCCACCCUCUGGCACUGAGCUGUCUCCGUUCAAUCCCAUCCAGCCACCAGCUGCCAUCACCCAGGUCAUGCUUCUGGCAAAUCCUGCCAAGCAGUCUUUAAGUUCUGGAGAGCAGCUGAGCAGCUGGCCACGUCUGUGCUCACAGGAGAAGGUGAGGCUGAGGUACAGACUGACCUUCACCCUGGGAGAUCAGCCCAGCACAGAAGUGGGUGAAGUGGAUCAGUUUCCCCCGGUAGAGCAGUGGGGGAAUCUAUGACCUUAGGACACUGCCAGAGACUCUGACAGGACCAGGGCAGGAUCCCACAGGACUGGAAUGGAUGUGCCGUUGGGAGGGACACACAUGCUAUCCACUGGUGAUGUUCAGCUUUGUUUACAUGUCCUGACCACUCUGCUUGUAGCUUUAGUCCAGAAUGUUGUGCCCCACAUUUGAAGGGGCCCUGGAACACUUACGCCAAGCAUGAACUGAAAGGCAGCCAGUGACAGGCAGUGCUGGCUGCUUUUACCUUGACCUCUGGGUGAAUCUGGUUCUAUCUUCCACUCUAUUAAACUUGAAGUUAUUGUAUUUUGAGGGAAGACCUGUCAGCAGAAGGGAGUUUAGUUGGCUUUUCCUGCACUGCUGUCCAGAGAUCCUGACAGGCUGUGGGGUGAUGAUGCCGCGAGCUCAGCGCAGAGCCCUGACAGAGCCCUCCCUGGGACUGUGAUUCCCUGUGCCACGUGGGCCGUGAGCAUGCUGAGCAAUAAUGCUGCUCCAUGAGGGAAUGCUUCCUUUUUUACACUGAAAUAGCACUUAGUUCCCUUCCUCCUCUCCUGCUUCAUUCCCAAGGGCCCGUGUAAGCAGCCCCUCGCUCCAUGUGUGCCAUACUGCUGUAUCUUUGUUAUAUUUAUUUUACACUGCUGGCUGCCACCCUGGGGCAUCCAUUUGGGGCAGCUGGGGCUGAGUUUUGUCUGCAAACGGUUACACUGGUUUGGUUUUUUUUGCCUUCAUUGCAUUCCAUGGUGUGGGGGAAGGAGGAAAUGCAUAGUGAGGAGGUAAGAGGGCUGGAGGGUAUUGGUCAGUAUUAGAGGACAGCAUCUGGAGCACAGAACUGUCUUUACAAUCACUAGUUAGGGCCAGUGACUGAAUCCAGGAAUAAGGAGAGAUGCCUCUCAUGUCCCCUCAUGCAGGCAGUGUUACUGGUAUAGUCAAAUACUAUUUUAUUGCUGAGUACAAUGACCUACAAGAUGUAAAUAAUAGAGCUGUAGGCUAUUAAAACAGAACAAGCAGGCAGAGAAAGGAAGAGGCUCCCCCGGGCUGUGCUGGGGCAUGUGCUGGGUUAAUGUCCCAUUUUCUUUGUUCCCUGUAUUACGUGGCAAAGUGCAAUUGUCCCCAAAAAGGGGGAAGCAAUUUUGCUGGACAUCAGUGUUAACAGAAGACCUGAUCUCUUGGCUAUAACCUCCCAGAAACAAGGUUUAAGUCACCAAAACUUUGUUCCAGCAGCCCCUUCCUUCUCAGUUUCCAGUCUCAAGCAGUGCCUCAGUGAGCUCUGAGACAGACUGUUGUAAAUUAAUGGGAGUUUUUAGCACCCACUGACACAAACACAGAGGGGUGCUUGCUGAGUCCUUGGAUGCUCAGCUCUGCAUUUCCAGCAGGGCUGUCAAGCAACAGCACUUCUCAAACGUGGAGUGGGAUCAGAGAAAAGCAGUAUACAGAGGCUCCUGCCUCGUGUAGGAAAACUCCACAGGAGGUGAACAUCGUGCUGGAAUGGUGGCUGUAAAACCAUUGCUGCAAACACAGCUUGCAGUUAUUCAUAGUUGAAUUUUCUUUACUGUUGUGCAGAGUAAAAAUCCCUAGAGAUUAAAAACAAGGGAUUCACAAGCCAGUGUCCUCAUGAGAGGCACCAGGCAGCUGCAGGAACCCCUUAAGGUGGAAUCCAAGCAUGUCCUGCUGGUCUGAAGCCUGUGGAGUGCUCAGCUUUAUCAGCUCCCUGAUGCAGAAGACAGGGGAGAGGGAUGGGUUUAAGCUGUUUUAAAUUGAUGGACUGGAAGACUAGGGACAAGGAGAGAAUUCUUUCUGCCUCAUACAUGUUCUUGCCAGCACUUUAGACACAGUAGGCAUGGGGGCAGUGCCUGGGUGGCGUGUCCUGAGGAGCAGGGUCACCACGUCCCUGCACAUGGAUCUCACUGUGACAUGGAGGAAGGCAGGAGAGCACAGGUGCUUUCUGUGAACAGCAGCGGCCACCUGGACAUGCACCAUGGUCUUGCUGCUUUGGAAAUUAAACUAUGAAUGUUCCUUGUCUGUAGGGUGAGGUUCCUGCUUCAUCCCCAGCAAUCCUACCUGUACAUACAUCUUCAAUGCAUUUGUGUUGCUGCAUGUUGAAUAAAUCAUUUUCCCUA